AUGAACCGCCACUUGUCCACAUCCUCAAUACUGGUACUGUUGUCACUACAGUACACGAUCGCUUAUAUCCAAAAUACUGUCUGCCCACAGUGUGCUGGAGUGAACUCACAAUAUGGCAGUGGCUCGUACAAUGGAUACACAAAUAUCGACUCUAAUCCUUUGUCUUAUUUCAAUGGUCCGACAGAUUUCGGUAGUCAACUUGGAAAAGCUAUAGCUACACGAAUAAAUGAGGUCUCCUCAACGGACAACUCCGGGCGCCUGACGUUUGGCUCAUAUCCCACGUCCAGUUUCACCAACCAAGGUUUUGGCGGACAGAACUACGUCGUUCAACCAGACCUAUACCAACAAGCGCUCUCCGGCUACGGUACUCAAGGACUCGGCGGCUAUCCAACGAUGUCUUUCAAUAGUUUCCCUAACUAUGGAUUCGGCACAGGGCAACAAACUAUGCAAAAUAUGCUGCCGGGCACUAGCGGCUACUCAUUUGGUAACUUCAACAACCUCGGUGCUUCCACAUAUGGAACGAAUAGCUAUGGGAACUACGGUAGCUACGGUAUCCCCGACCCAAUCACAACUGGUGGCUCUGCUGGUGGUAGCUGUCCCUACUGUUUUGGCAAUAAGGGGGGUUUCAAAACGAAAAAGGCUAAACGUGCUUCGUCAAAAGAAAAGAAUUAG